AAAAAACAAACGCACAUGGCAUUAGCAUUGACAGAUAGGUGCUUGAUCCCUUUAAAUAUUUUAAAUAAUGGAAAUUGAUACUACACCCUCCACUUCAAAUGUUGACCAGACGGUGGAUAAAAAAUUGACUCAUUGUGAGGUUUGCUCAGUUGCUUUAGCAAAAUACACUUGCCCUAAAUGCGAGGUUCGCACCUGCUGCUUAAAAUGUUCUUCAAUACACAAGAAGGAGCUCGAGUGCAGCGGCAUUCGCGAUAGGACGAAAUUCGUGCCUAUGAACAAAUUCACGAAUCUUGACUUGUCCAGUGACUACAGACUUUUGGAGGAGAUUACAAGGAAUUUUGAAGUGAUUAAGAAAGAUUUGACGCGUUAUAGGAGAUUCGAUGAUUUGCCCCAUUAUUUGCUCAGGUUAAAGAAGGCAGCAUACGCUCGGCAGAUCAACUUGAAGUUCCUUCCUCCGAGUUUCGAAAGGCGGAAAGUUAAUUCCACGAAACUUAAAGGUUGUGUGAUCAAUUGGCACCUUGACUGGGUGUUCGUGAACGCGGAUAACUUAAAGUUCUCAGACGAAGCUGUACCGGAAACUGAAAAGCUCAGCAGCGUCCUUGAUAAGUAUUUAAAUGAGCAGGAAGACAAAGUAUUGCAAGAAAGAAUGCAAUUCUACCAAGCAUCUGGUCUGCCGGCUCUUAGGAUUCUUCUGAAGGCGGAACAGAAGAAAGGCAAGAAGUAUUACGAAUUGGAUCCUGAGGACAGUAUCAGGGAUAAUUUAAGAGGGAAGAUGAUUAUCGAGUAUCCAAUAAUCCACGUUAUGAUGAGAGAUCACGCGAUAGGAUUAGACGUGAUUGAUUCGGAUAAUGAAGACGAACAAAGCGCAAUCGAUGGAGGACUCGUUAUUGAUAAGAUGCUCAAGAAUGCGGAGAGCGAUGAAAGUAUAUAUAAUUCAUUGAAGAAUUUGCUCUUCGUAUCCGGGGACGAAAUGUCCGAAUGAUUUAUAUAGGCAAUAGGCAAUAUUACGUCUC